ACCCAGCCUGGGAGCCAGCCACUUUCACCUUGCUGCCUUCCUCAGUUCUUCGGUACUCUUUCUUCUUCUCCGUCUUCCUCUCUACCUCACGACUGCUUCUUCUUUUGUUCCUCUCUCUUCGCUUAUCACAGCCGUCUGCCCCUCUCCAUCGCACCCGUCUUUCUCUCUCACGACCUUCACAUUUGGUCCGGUUACUUUCUCUCACGAGCUUCCUAGAUUGUUUUCAAAAAAUUGCUGCUUUUGAAGAUGGAGCCUUUAUAUGCAAAGCUUUACGAUAAAUAUGACAAGCUCAAGAAGAGAAAAUUGUCUGAAAUGGAUGACAUAAAUAGAGAUCAAGAAGAGAAAUUCUUAAGUUAUGUGCGUGCUGCAGAGGAGUUGAUACAGCACUUGAAGGGUGAAAAUGACAAGUUGCAUGUGGAAGUUAAUGAGUUGAGAAGUGAAUUGGCCUCUAUAAUGUCCAGCAAGGAAAAGCAAUGCGCAGACUACCAAAAGCUUUUGAUUGAAGAUAAUCAGAAGUAUAAAGCACUUUCCGAAGAAGUUAAUCGGCUGCAAAAUCUGCAUCAAGAGGGACAUUUGAAGGGAGGCAAAAGAUGUAAUGUACCGAUGGUCUCUCCUGGAAGUGCACAAGUUGCAUCAGAAAAGGUUUCUGGUAGCUCCACUCAAAUGAUGACAAGGAGCCGUAGCAGGAAAUCUGCUGCUGAGACAGAGGACAGUCUUGUUACUCCUGGUUCAGCUAACCGCAAUGUUGCCAUGGUGAGUGCAUUGGUAGAAGACUUAUCUGAGAAAGGUCCAUCUUGCGAGGUUCUUGCACAUGUUCAGCUGCCAGAAUGCUGUAAAGACAGUCUAGGUGCAAAUGCUACUGCUAGUGGUACUUGUCUGUUUCAGGCUCUUAUUGAGUGCUUAGUUGGCAUGAAAUUAUCCACUGUUAAUCGAACUGAAGGACUAUGCAUUUCAGCUCUGCAUCAAUCAAGUGGUUACUCAUUCAGCCUCACAUGGAUGAAUAUAGCAGGUGGAGAGGAAUCAGAGUUGCUGUACCGUGUAUCAUCAUUAGGGACAUUUGAGAGAGUGGCACCGGAGUGGAUGAGGGAGGUCAUUAUUUUCAGCACUAACAUGUGCCCUAUUUUCUUUGAGAGGGUAGCUCGUGUAAUCAAACUGCAUUGCUAAGCUUCUCUUUCGCUGUUGCUCUCUGUAAAUUUACAGUAGUGAUACUAAAAAAACUACCUUCUCUCUCUCUGUGUGUCUCUCCUGCGCAUGAAUUUGCGGGUGUGGAAAUAGAUCUGUAUGACAGUGGUGAUAACAAGUAGUUAUCAAAUUAUUGCUGAGAUUCUGCUCUGCACUUGAUUAA